GAGAUAUUUCUUGCAAUUAAUGAUAGUUUAGGUACACGUGUCUUAUCAAUGUCCAAACUCAAGCUGUCCCUUCACGUGGCAGACACAAAACAAGCCAGCCCGCUUCGAUGCCACCCUUGGAUGUCAAUCUUAUGGAACUGUAAACCUUUUCUCUUUAUCUAACUUUGCAUUUCCUUUCAAUCUCUUUGCAUCUUCGCUUUCCACUUCUUCAUGGACACACUUAAUUUAUCUCCUAAAGGAACAAAGAUGCUCAAGCAUCCACUUCCCUUGUAUUCCAACUGUUCUAAAUUCCGUAUCAAUGCUUCAGCUUUGUCACACACCUUUGAUCCUUCUCCUGCUUAUGACAUGGGAUUGAAAUUGUCUAAGAAAAUACCUAUCAGGUUCAGCAGCAAUCCAGGGCGCUUCAGUAAGACAAGAGGCAGUGUCAAUCAUAAGACAACUAACGCUUAUGAUCAGCGAGCUCAAGGACGUGUUCUUGAGGAAGAAGCCUCACAAAUGACAGAAACAACCCCGUCGUUGAAAACUUCCCAAGGCCAGGCAUCUCCUCUCGGGGUGUCAGAAGUGGACAAUGGGAUCAAUUUUGCUAUUUUUUCCCAGCACGCUACUGCAGUUACGCUUUGCUUAUCACUUCCCAAUAGGGGAGACAGUUCGGAUGGUGGAAUGAUUGAACUACCUUUGGAUCCCCUUGCAAAUAAAACCGGAGACAUCUGGCACAUGCAUAUCAAGGAUCUGCCUCGGAGCAAUGUUCUCUAUGGUUAUCGCAUUGAUGGUCCUCAAGGUUGGAAUCAAGGACAUCGAUUUGACAAAAACAUUAUCCUUAUUGAUCCUUAUGCAAAGCUAGUUGAGGGUCGCCGAUAUUUUGGAGAUAGCAGUGAAAAAUUAUCAAAAGUCCUUGGAACUUAUGAUUUUGAUAGCUUGCCCUUUGAUUGGGGAGAUAACUACAAGCUUCCAAAUAUACCAGAGAAAGAUCUUGUUGUAUAUGAAAUGAAUGUUCGUGCAUUUACAGCUGAUGAAUCUAGUGGAUUGGAUUCAGACAUUCGUGGCACCUAUCUAGGUUUGAUAGAGAAGAUUCCACAUCUUUUGGAGCUUGGUGUCAAUGCUGUGGAGUUGCUGCCAGUCUUUGAGUUUGAUGAAUUUGAGUUUCAAAGGCGCCCAAACCCUAGGGAUCACAUGAUCAAUACAUGGGGCUACUCGACAAUAAAUUUCUUUUCUCCUAUGAGUCGCUAUGCUAGCGGAGGUGGAGGACCUCGUAAGGCUUCAUGGGAGUUCAAAGAAAUGGUUAAAGCCUUGCAUGGAGCUGGCAUAGAGGUCAUUUUGGAUGUUGUAUAUAAUCAUACUAAUGAGGCAGAUGAUAACUACCCUUAUACCACUUCAUUUCGUGGCAUUGAUAAUAAGGUUUAUUACAUGGUGGACGGCAAUGGCCAGUUGCUGAAUUUUUCUGGCUGUGGAAACACCUUAAACUGUAAUCACCCUGUGGUCAUGGAACUCAUCCUGGACAGCUUAAGACACUGGGUUGUUGAGUAUCAUGUGGAUGGAUUCCGAUUUGACCUUGCCAGUGUACUUUGUCGAAAUUCAGAUGGUUCUCCACUUAGUGCUCCACCACUUAUUAGAGCAAUUGCCAAAGAUGCUACCCUAUCUAGGUGUAAAGUUAUUGCAGAACCUUGGGACUGUGGCGGCCUUUAUCUUGUUGGAAGUUUUCCAAAUUGGGACCGGUGGGCUGAGUGGAAUGGGAAGUACCGUGAUGACAUAAGAAGAUUUAUAAAGGGUGACGCUGGUAUGAAGGGGACUUUGGCUACUCGUGUCUCUGGAUCUGCAGACCUUUACAGAGUGAAUAACCGCAAGCCUUAUCAUAGUGUUAAUUUUGUCAUUGCUCAUGAUGGGUUCACACUCUAUGAUCUUGUCUCCUAUAAUAACAAGCACAAUGAAGCUAAUGGAGAAAACGGAAACGAUGGAAGCAAUGAUAAUUUUAGCUGGAAUUGUGGUUUUGAAGGGGAAACUAGCAAUGCUAGUAUUACAGCUUUGCGCUCACGCCAAAUGAAAAACUUCCAGUUGGUGUUAAUGGUAUCUCAGGGAGUCCCAAUGAUGCUAAUGGGGGAUGAGUAUGGCCAUACUCGUUAUGGAAAUAACAACAGUUAUGGACAUGAUACUGCUAUUAACAAUUUCCAGUGGGCCCAGUUGUUUGCACAGAAGAAUAGUCAUUUCAGGUUUUUCUCAGAGAUGAUAAAAUUUCGGCGAUCCCAUGGAGUUUUUAGUCAUGAGAACUUUCUUGAAAAUAAUGAUGUAACAUGGCAUGAGGAUAACUGGGACAACUACAAAAGCAGAUUCCUUGCAUUUACGCUUCAUGAUAAUGAUGGAGCAGAUGUCUAUUUGGCAUUUAAUGCCCACGAUUUCUCUGUCAAUGUUUCAAUACCCCCAGCACCAUCUAAGAGGCAUUGGUUUCGUGUGGUGGACACAAAUCUCAGUUCCCCUGAUGACUUUGUUCCUGAAGGUGUUCCAGGCAUUGGAAGCACAUAUGAUAUGGCCCCAUAUUCUAGUAUUCUUCUUGAAGCUAAAUCAUGACAGGUCUUUGAAGGUACAUGCAGAGCGAACAUUCCCUAAAUAGGCAAAUCCUGAUAUGCGUUACUGGUUUUUGUUUUGGUUGAAUGUUCGAAGUUCCAUGUGUCCACAUUGUGGUUAGAACUUGAGGACCUUAUCACUACUCCAAUCAUAAACAUGGUGGAAUCCAGUUCUCUAAUGACCUGUGAAGUGUAAUGAAAGUAUAGAACUACUUCCAAAUAACAUAAAAGACAUGUUAUAUUGUAUUUUUGGGAGCAGCAAGGAAAGACUCGUUAGAAUUUCCAACUAGGAGCAAUGGAAUAAUGAGAUGUAAUUUGGUAUCUCGAUCAGUUACAUGUUCAAUAAAAAGAUUGAAGACGGUGCAGUUACACUUAAAAACAGUACCUAAUGAUACCUUAUGUUGUGUCACAGUCGUUCUUGAUGUUGUGUUUAAAACAGUUACAUCUUGAUGUUGUGUUAUUUAUGGUGACAAGAGCUUUUGGAA